UCGUCCCGCCCCUCAGCCGCCAUUGACUGUGCAGGCUCGCACUUCCUCGCGGAGGGAUGGCUGCGCUUCGGGCGGGCCCGAGAGCCCCGCAGCGCGCGCUGCUCUGGUAGCGCAUUGCAAGCGGGCGCGAUUCGGGCCCGCGUGUGCACAGGUGCGACCCACGCCUCCCUCAGCGCCUCAGCGCCCGCCGGGCGGGACCCGGGACGGCCUGAAAUUACUCACAAUGGAGGCAAGCAAGCAGAUUCGAGUAUCUCGGCCAUACAAAAUCAGCGAAUCUUCAAAGGUGUUCCACUGGGCUGACCACUCUACCACAGUGCUGCAGCGGCUGAAUGAGCAGCGGCUGCAUGGCCUCUUCUGUGACGUGGUCCUCGUGGUGGAAGAGCAGCAAGUGCCUGCCCACCGCAACCUUCUGGCUGUGUGCAGUGACUACUUCAACUCCAUGUUCACGCUGGGCAUGCGUGAGGCUUUCCAGAAGGAGGUGGAGCUGGUCGGCACCUCCUAUGUGGGGCUCAAGGCUGUGGUGGACUUCCUCUACAGCAGUGAGCUGGAGCUGGACGGCAGCAACAUCGACUACAUCCUGGAGACGGCCCACCUGCUGCAGAUCUGGACGGUGGUGGACUUCUGCUGCGAGUACCUGGAGCAGGAAGUGAGUGAGGACAACUACCUAUACCUGCAGGAGCUGGCCUCCAUCUACAGCCUCAAGCGGCUGGACGCCUUCAUCGACAGCUUUGUGCUGAGCCACUUCAGCACACUGUCCUUCACGCCUGACUUCCUGCAGACCGUCCCCGUGCAGAAGCUGUGCGUCUACCUGAGCAGUGGCCGCGUACAGCACCAGUGGGAGUACGACCUGCUGCAGGUGGCUUUGCAGUGGCUGACCCAGCAGCCCGAGCGCGAGGCGCACACCUGCCGUGUGCUGGAGAACAUCCGCUUCCCCCUCUUCCCGGAGGACAUCCUGCUCCAGCGUGUGAAGCUGGCCAUGUGCUCCCUGUUGCCCAGUGAGGCCAACUGGGAGGGCUUCGUGGAGGAGGCCAUGCACUACCACAACAGCCUGGUGGCACAGCCUGUCCUGCAGACGAAGCGGACGGUGCUGCGUUCGGAGGAGUGCUUGCUCUUCGUGGGCGGGGAGGUCUCCGAGCGGUGUCUGGAGCUGAGUGAUGACACCUGCUACCUAGACGCCAAGAGCGAACAGUGGGUGAAGGAGACGUCCCUGCCAGCCCGCCGGAGCCACCACUGCGUGGCUGUGCUGGGGGGCUUCAUCUUCAUUGCCGGUGGCAGCUUCUCAAGAGACAACGGAGGGGAUGCAGCCUCCAACCUUCUCUAUAGGUAUGACCCCCGCCGUAAACAGUGGAUCAAGGUGGCAUCCAUGAACCAACGCCGUGUGGAUUUCUACCUGGCCUCCAUUGAAGACAUGCUGGUGGCUGUUGGUGGCCGGAACGAGAAUGGAGCGCUGUCUUCUGUAGAGACCUACAGCCCCAAGACCAACUCCUGGACUUAUGUGGCUGGCUUGCCAAGGUUCACCUAUGGCCACGCAGGCACCAUCUACAAAGACUUCGUGUACAUCUCAGGGGGCCACGACUACCAGAUUGGCCCGUACCGCAAGAACCUGCUGUGCUAUGACCACCGGACAGAUGUGUGGGAGGAGAGACGGCCCAUGACGACAGCCCGAGGCUGGCACAGCAUGUGCAGCCUGGGGGACAGCAUCUAUUCCAUCGGGGGCAGCGACGACCACAUGGAGUCCAUGGAGCGCUUUGAUGUGCUGGGCGUGGAGGCCUACAGCCCACAGUGCAACCAGUGGACUCGCGUGGCACCGCUGCUGCAGGCCAACAGUGAGUCGGGCGUGGCCGUGUGGCAGGGCCGCAUCUACAUCCUGGGUGGCUACAGCUGGGAGAACACGGCCUUCUCCAGGGCUGUGCAGGUGUAUGACCAUGAGGCCGACAGGUGGAGCCGGGGUCCAGACCUCCCCAAUGCCAUUGCAGGCGUGUCGGCCUGUGUGUGUGCCCUCAACCCAAGGCUGGAAGAAAAGAAGAAGAGGAGCAAGGACAAGCGCCAGGACCGAGGUCAGUGACGACACCGAGGCUCUGGCCGAGGCGGCCACGUCCACGGCAGUUACCCCCUAGCAGCUUUUUCUACUUUUUUGAUCCCGGGUAUUUCUAUGCUAUCACAAUAAAUAAUAAUUAAAUAUUCUUCACAACUUUACACAUUAUCUUGUUUGAAUACUUACACUUGGGUCCUCAUGUCUGCACAGGCCUUCUUCCCGGGCCACACACCCCAGAAAGUCCCCGUGACUAUUCCCACCAACAGUAGCCGGCUCACGGGUUAUGUGGAAAAUUAUGUAGUGAAAUUCAGUGUCUCUACGUUUUGGGCCUCCCCAAACCUAGCUGAAGCUUUUGGACGGACCCCCAAGCCGUGCUGAGGUGCUGGAGGAGGCCUGUCCAGAGACUUGCGUUCUACGCAUCGUUUGCAUUCUGCAUUCAGUUGUCUCAGGCAAGAGCACGCAUGUCUGUUGAGCAUUUAAAGACAUGGGGACCCCAAGCUUCUGGACAGGCAGACGAGACCCAGGGACUCUUGAUUUUCUUGCUGAAGGUUCCAUAGCAGCAAUUCUUUUUCUGAAUAGUGUCGUCUUCCCUGGCUGGUAAUCUUUAUGAAUCCUGUGCGUCAUUAAGAGAGGAGGGAGGGAAGAAUGGUGCCAAGGUGUUUAUGUACAGUAUUCUGUAAUGUGAGCUGCCCGCCUCCUGUCGUCGCUGUUGGAGUGAGCUCCCCAAAUCUACCUUUGUUUCCUCAGAAAUGAAAACGCAGCCCCGCAGCACGUGCGGUCAUUGCCCUGGGCUGGUGCAGCCAUCAGGAACACUGCACAAAUGAGUGCACUGGUCCCCAGGAAAGGGACCGAGUUCCUUCCCCGGCUCCAGCAACUGUCCUGGCCCCAUUGGCUGCUGCUAAGUGGUUUUUACCAUGCUGGGAAGAUUCUCUUUCUCAAUUUCUUUCCUUCUUUCUUUGAAACAGGGUCAUGCACUGUAGCCCAGGCUAUCAUCCAACUUACAGAGAUCCUCCUGCCUCAGCCUCCUGAGUGCUGGGAUCAUAGGCAUGGCCACCAUCCCCAGUCAGACUCUUCGGUGCUUCCAUCUGUCCACACCUCAUUUCUUACUGGACAGGGUCAGGGGGAUGCCUCUCCAGCUCCAGAGGAUAGCUCCUUCUCUCGGCCUUGGUGAGUUGCUGAAACAUCAAAGUCUGCUGCCCUGUGGUGAUUUCCAAGAAAUGCCAUUCCUGGGAGCACUAGACUCUUGAGCCCAGGCAGACAUUAGUGAUCUGUACCUCAGGUGAGAAAGCUUAAGACACUGUUAACACUGUGUCAGAAGCAAAACCUCAGUGCACUAGUUUGAUUUUUUGAGACAGGGUCCCUUGUAGCCUAGGCUGGCCUUAAACACUGAUCCCCCUGCCUCUACCUCCCAAGUGCUGGGGUCUUAAGGAUUUGCUACUGUGGUGGUUUGAUUGGCAUUCAAAGGAAGUGGCACUAUUAGGAGGUAUGGCCUUGUUGGAGGAAGUAUGUCACUGUGGAGGUGGGCUUUGAGGUCUCAUAUAUCCUCAAGAUAUGGCCCAGUGUCUCAACCCACUUCCUGUUGCCUGUGCAAGAUGUAGAACUCUUAGCUACCUCUCCAGCACCACACCUGCCUGCUCGCCACCACGUCCCACCAUGAUGAUAAUAGAUUGAACCUCUCUGAACUGUAAGCCAGUCCCAGUUAAGUGUUUUCCCUUAUAAGAGUAGCCACGGUCAUGGUAUGUCUUCAAAGAAUAGCAACCCUGGCCGGGCAGUGGUGGCACACGCCUUUAAUCCCAGCACUCGGGAGGCAGAGCCAGGUGGAUCUCUGUGAGUUCGAGGCCAGCCUGGGCUACCAAGUGAGUUCCAGGAAAGGCGCAAAGCUACACAGAGAAACCCUGUCUCGAAAAACGAAAAAAAAAAAAAAAAAAAAAAAAAAAAAGAAUAGCAACCCUAACUAAAACAGCUACCAUGCCCAGAUUAUCAGUUUACUUCCUUACCUCCCAGCCUGGGGUUCACUCUGGUUCUGGUCAGUCUGCUUCUGCAGUAAUCUGGGAGAGGGGAGACUGGCCUUAGAACUGAAGGCUUCAGAGUCACUGGACUCCAUAGCGAUCGUAAAGCAGUCUGCAUAUCUAGUCAGUUAUGGCGUGCAUAAGUCCCUAAGGACUCAGAGACAGUUGAAAGCUUCUGCAAGGCAUGCAGACAAAUGACCGGGGAGCUUUGUGCCCUUCUGUGUAUUAAAGGCUCUGAAAAGUCUUGCACUAACCGUUCACUUCCAUCAUCCCACUAUUUCCAAACUUUGGCUUUGAAACCCCACUUCUUCUCCCCUCCCCAGUACUGAACUCCAGGGUAGUGUACCCACCCCUAUUCCAAGAAAAACUUUAUUACUUGAAAACCUUUCAGAAGGCACAAUGGAAGUGUGACCUCUUCUCCACAGAUCAUGAACAUACAGGAGGGGGUUCAGCCAGCACUGGGCAGUCUGGGGAAAGCACACCGUAAAGCUCCAUGAAUGGCUUGCAGGACAGCUUUGACCCUGGGAAGAGGAAAGCCACUGAGCUGAGCCCAAGCCAGCUCUCCCAUUACUCACUGCCAGUGUUUGCCCUAGAUAAGGCAAGACGUGGCCUCCAUCCCACUUGAUGCCUUGUGGGUUAGCCACAAUGUCCCUCCAGCCUUGUUAAUGCGGUUAGUCACUUAGGUUUGGAAUCUGCUAUGUGACAGCUGAGAGCCUUCCUUUAAAAGGAGGCCGGACUGUAAGUUUCACUGUGGACUGCUUUUUCUCAUAGUUGAGGGCAGCUGCCUUCUGCUGAGACAUGGUUUUGAGCUUGGUGGGAUCCGUGGAAAGGCCCAGAGCCCAGCAGGCCCCUGGGCCAGGCUUGUGUUACCUGUGGCUUUAAUGGAAAGUUCUAUGCAAGAAUGAAAGGAAACAGGUUUCCUCUAGGACAGCUUCCAGCUGACCCCGAGCAGGUGGCUAUUGGAAUAACUAUGGCAGGCUUUGAACUGGACUUGGCAUCUUUCCCUUUAUAAAGAAUUAGAGUUUUACCUGGUAUCUGUUGUAGGUUUUUUGGUUUGGAACCCUGUUUGAGUAAGGCAAAAAGGAAAUAAGAAAUAGGAGGGGAGCAGGAAGCUCAGGGGCAAUUGCCGGGGCCUCUUGGUGUCUGGCAUCUGCAUAGAGCAGCUCGCUGCUGAGACACAUGCCUGCCACCCAGUCACUGGAGAGGCUGAGAUCAGAGGAAUCCCUGAGCCAGGGAGUCCCAGGCCAGAUUGGGCAACACGGUGAGACCCUAUGUUGCCCCCGCCCCCAAAUAGAUACGAUUGUCUGGCAGUUUAUUCUUUUUCACCUGGUUAGGUCGGGCUCCUUGUUCUGGGCAAUGUGACUGUCCCUUCCCUGUCCCUAAUUGUGAGGUGACCCAGACAGCCUUAGAUGAGGCCCCGACAGCUAACUCAGGUGGCAUUUUAGGCCUCCAGCUGAACAGGAGUCCCUCCUCCAACAACCAGUGCCCUGUGUGCAAGUUUGGAUGUCCUGACCUCUGUCUAAGCACAUAAGCCCAGAGAAACCUUCUAGUGGCAGAAGUAAAAGGUGCCUGUCACCCUUCCACCCUCUUAGAGAGUCACCAUUUGUCCUUCCUUACCCUGGUCCCCGUGGUGUGGUGGUGGGAUGCACCCUUAGCCUGGGGUGUCUAUCCUGCAGGGGCAGCUGCUGCUGCUGCUGCUGCUGCACUCUGUAGUGGCCCCUGGGCCUCCAGGACAAACCUGCAGAGUGCAGGGCAGCUUCGUAGGAGACCUUGACUUGAGCUUGACAAACUGACUUUUUAGAGUUUUUUAAAACUGUUUUGAUACCCUUUCAUACAACUUGCUAAUCACCAUUUUGUAGAAUGCCCGCUGGGCUCCCCAGCUCUUCCUCCCUUACCUCCAGCACCUUGGUUUGUCUAGAUAACGGAUGCUCUGCUGUCACUGUGUGUCUUGCUCGGUGUGGCUUUGUCUUCCCUCUUGCCCUUCUAUAUGACCAAUCCAACACAAUUCGAGUUUUGUGAGUUCACACGUGAUGAUGGGUAGGACCAUCUGAGGCCCCUGAGUGAACAAGAGGGCGCUGAUGUACCAGGAGGGCAGUUCCUGCCCUUCAGAGGAUCUGUAUUUCUGCUGGAGCUCCUGCUCAGUGGAGUACAGAAUAGGAGCAUUCCCUGAAGCUGGUCCACAUGGAAUCUGUUUCAUACCGGUCAUUUCUCUAACACAUGUAUGGCUGGGGUCCUGGUCUCUUCCUGUCUACCCCAAUCAGUAAAGAAUUCCUAACUGGGCCGGGCGGUGGUGGCGCACGCCUUUAAUCCCAGCACUCGGGAGGCAGAGCCAGGCGGAUCUCUGUGAGUUCGAGGCCAGCCUGGGCUACCAAGUGAGUUCCAGGAAAGGCGCAAAGCUACACAGAGAAACCCUGUCUCGAAAAACCAAAAAAAAAAAAAAAAAAAAAAAAAAAAAAAAAAAAGUAAAAAAAAGUAAAAAGAAUUCCUAACUGGACCUCUGCAGCCAUUAACACAGCAUGCCAUUUUUGCACUUUAUAUUCUCUGACCUCUGACUUUCAGGGGUGUGUGUGUGUGUGUGUGUGUGUGUGUGUGUGUGUGUGUGUGUGCGUGUGUGUGUGUGUGUAUGUGUGUGUUUAAUAUGAAUAGCAUUGGUGGCUUCUAAGGGGAGCUGAGUGCCUUAACAAGCUGUGUCUCAGUUAACAGCAUGGAAUGAAUGGGGUUGGGACCAGAGCUCAGUUGGUAAAGUGCUUGCCUAGUAUGCAGGAAGCCCAUGGCUUCCAUCCUGAGCACCACAUAAACUGAGCGUGGUGACCCAAGCCUGUAAUCUCAGCACUUGGGAGGUGGACACAGGAGGAUCAGAAGUUCAAGGCCAUCCUUGACUACACAGCAAGUUUGAGGCCAGCCUUGGCUAUAGGAGCCCUGUCUCAAAUUAAUUGAUGAAAUAAUAAUAUAUUAGUAAGUAAAAAUAAAAGCAUUGGGGGCUGGAGAGAUGACUCAGAGGUUAAGAGCACUGACUGCUCUUCCAGAGGUCCUGAGUUCAAUUCCCAGCAACCACAUGGUGGCUCACAACCAUCUAUAAUGAGAUCUGGUGCCCUCAUCUAGUGUGCAGGCAGAACACUGUAUAUGUAACAAUAAAUAAAUCUUUAUAAAUAAAUAAAUGAAAGCAUUGAAUGAACAUAAAACUGUGAACUUGUGUUGACCCAAGAAGAAUGGUCCUUAGGUUUGAUGUUGAAUAGCCAUCAACGGCUGGCCCCAGUCAAAACCAGUUAAGGUUGACGAUGAUGGACGCAUAUGGUGCCUUCUGGCUCCUAAUGUCACAGAAAUCUGUAACUGUAUAUGCUUUUUAAUUUGCAGCUUUUGUGUCUGCAAUUUUAUGGUCUUCAAAGUUUUCCUGUCUUGCCUUCUUAGUUAACUUUCUGCAUGUUGCUUUUGUUUUGAAUUCCAUACAGAGCUCUCAGUUCCUGAAAUACAUUAAAACAACUUGCCUGCCA